GGCGCACUUCCCCGGCUCCGCGCUCGCGCCCUGCAGUUCCAUGGCGCUCCUCGUGCGGCUGCUGCCCCUCGCCCUGGCGCUGGCCCUGGCGCCCGCCGCCAGCUGGGCGGGCCCCUUCAAGUCGCCCUACCAGCUGGUCCUGCAGCACAGCCGGCUCCGGGGCCGGCAGCACGGCCCCAACGUGUGCGCUGUGCAGAAGGUCAUUGGCACCAACAAGAAGUACUUCACCAACUGCAAGCAGUGGUACCAGAGGAAGAUAUGCGGCAAAUCCACCGUCAUCAGUUACGAGUGCUGUCCUGGCUACGAGAAGGUCCCAGGAGAAAAGGGCUGUCCAGCAGCCCUGCCACUGUCAAAUCUUUAUGAGACCCUGGGAGUCGUGGGCUCAACCACCACUCAGCUGUACACAGACCGCACGGAGAAACUGAGGCCCGAGAUGGAAGGGCCUGGCAGCUUUACCAUCUUUGCCCCCAGCAACGAGGCCUGGGCAGCCCUGUCAGCGGAAGUGCUGGACUCUCUGGUCAGCAACAUCAACAUCGAGCUACUGAACGCCCUCCGCUACCACAUGGUGGACAGGCGGGUGCUGACGGACGAGAUGAAGCACGGCACGAUCCUCACCUCCAUGUACCAGAACUCGGGCAUCCAGAUCCACCACUAUCCCAAUGGGAUUGUCACGGUCAACUGCGCCCGGCUGCUGAAGGCUGACCACCAUGCCACCAACGGUGUGGUGCACCUUAUUGACAAGGUCAUCUCCACCACCACCAACAACAUCCAGCAGAUCGUGGAGAUCGAGGACACUUUUGAAACCCUGCGGGCUGCUGUGGCUGCAGCGGGUCUCAACACAGUGCUCGAGGGAGAUGGCCAGUACACUCUCCUGGCCCCCACCAAUGAGGCCUUCGAGAAGAUCCCCACUGAGACCUUGAACCGGAUUCUAGGCGAUCCAGACGCGCUGAGAGACCUGUUGAACAACCACAUCCUGAAGUCGGCCAUGUGUGCCGAGGCCAUCGUGGCAGGGCUGUCCAUGGAGACCCUGGGGGGCAACACGCUGGAGGUGGGCUGCAGCGGAGAUAUGCUCACCAUCAACGGCAAAGCCAUCAUCUCCAACAAAGACAUCCUGGCCACGAAUGGCGUGAUCCACUUCAUCGACGAGCUGCUCAUCCCAGAUUCGGCCAAGACUCUGUUUGAGUUGGCUGCCGAGUCUGAUGUCUCCACCACCAUGGACCUCUUCCGCCAGGCCGGCCUCAGCACUCACCUCUCCGGCAGUGAGCGCGUGACUCUCCUGGCCCCCCUGAACUCUGUCUUCAAAGAUGGGAUCCCUCCCGCGGAUGCCCCAACUAAGAAUUUGCUUCUCAACCACCUGGUUAAAGACCAGCUGGCCUCCAAGUACCUGUACCAUGGGCAGACUCUGGAUACCCUGGGAGGCAAAAAACUGAGAGUGUUUGUGUAUCGGAAUAGCUUGUGUAUCGAGAACAGCUGCAUUGCUGCCCAUGACAAGAGAGGGCGCUAUGGGACGCUGUUCACCAUGGACCGGGUGCUGACCCCUCCCAUGGGAACCGUCAUGGAUGUCCUGAAGGGUGACAGUCGCUUCAGCAUGCUGGUGACCGCCAUCCAGUCUGCCGGGCUGACAGAGAUGCUCAACCGGGAAGGGGGGUACACCAUCUUUGCUCCCACGAAUGAUGCCUUCCAAGCCAUGCCCCCGGAAGAACUGAACAAGCUCAUGGGCAAUGCCAAAGAACUUGCCAACAUCCUGAAGUACCACAUUGGUGAUGAAAUCCUGGUCAGCGGUGGCAUCGGAGCCCUGGUGCGGCUGAAGUCCCUGCAAGGUGACAAGCUGGAAGUGAGCUCGAAAAACAACGUAGUGAAUGUCAAUAAGGAGCCUGUGGAUGAGGUCGACAUCAUGGCCACCAAUGGUGUGGUCUACGCCAUCACCAGUGUCCUGCAGCCCCCAGCCAACAGACCUCAGGAGCGAACGGAUGAGCUGGCCGACUCGGCGCUGCAGAUCUUCAAGCAGGCAUCUGCCUAUGCCAGGGCUUCCCACACCUCUGUGAAACUAGCCCCCGUCUACCAGCGGUUACUAGAGAGGAUGAAGCACUAGGGUGAAGAUCUGCAGGCGGAAGGCACAUCAGCAGCCCCCCGCCAGUUUCUCUGUUUGCCAAAAAGACUGAACGUUUUUGAAACCAAAAUUUCUACUUCCAUGUACAUGGGGGCCGCACCGUCAUGAGAUCUGAGCCCGGGAUGGGUGAGGGGAGGAAGGAGGGACAAGUGGUUUUGCUUCUGUGUUUGUGUGUGUGUGUGUGUGUGUGUGUGUGUGUUUCAGAAUUUUGUGUACAGGUAGAUAUUGUUUCCUCAUUAGUAUUAGGUAGUGCCUUAAUCCUAGCUGAUAUUAGUUAUAACAAAACUCCAGUGAGGCCAAACAAGUCCUUUUGUAAAAGAAGAAAUUUUUUUUAGAAUUCAAUUUUUCUCUUCUAAUACUGCUGGAGAUGAUUUUGCUUUGAGUUUUUCAGGGAAUAAACAUUAGGGACUCUUAAAGAUUAUAAUCUGGCAACUGGUUUUCUUUAUAACCUACUUGGUUAGUUUCAUUUUGAAAAUGACUCAAUUUAAAAUUUGGUAGCAGUACAAUCAUGAAAACUGGAUGUUUGAAUUACCUACCCAUGUUCUCUUAAAAGGGUAUUUCAAAUUGAAGAUGAUAUCAACCAAACCAAUGGCUGCACUGUAGGCCUGCUUGUUUGUAGUAGUUCUGCUUCUGUUUAUGUUGUAGAAAAUGAAUUUCUAGCCACAUGCCUCAAUUCUGUUACUUUUUUACCUAUAAAAUGUAUUAGGUUUUACUAUUAUGCUUGUCAAAGCCAUAAUAACUCUUAAGAAUUUUUGUUUUUGCAUAUGUUUGCUAAUACUUUAUUUUAAUAAACCUUGA